AUGGGAGAACUGCAACUGCCAACAAUGUCGUCCCUACUCGCCAUCUACGCCUCCCUCUCGGCCAUCAUCAUGAUCCUCCGCACGAUCCUCCACGACAUGAUGCCCGAAGCCAUCCAGGAAUUCAUCACCCGCAGAACCUCCGACUUGGUUUCCACCUAUUUCAGCCGGGACUUCACCUUCUUGAUUCAGGACCACUGGGAAGCCGUCGACAACGAGACAUUCCGCGCUGUCCAAGCUUACCUGCCCACCAAGGUCGGCCCCCGCGCCCGCUUCCUCCUCCUCGGCCACAACGACAACAACAACCUCCUCGCCAAGGCGCAGCCCGGCGUCUCCGUCCUCACCAAAAUCGUCGACCACUUCCAAGGGAUGAAGCUUGAGUGGACGCUGAACGAGAGGGAGAACAAAAACGUCUACUUUUCUUACAAAACGCAGUGUUACCAACUGAGAUGCAAGAGGAGUGACAAACAGAGAGUCACGGAGAGCUACAUCCCUCACAUUUGCCAGACUGCGGAGAAGAUCCUCAACCGUAGGGAGGUUCUCAACAUCUACACCUACAACCGCCACGAGUGCUACUGGGAGUCCACCGUUUUCAAGCACUCUGCCACUUUCGACACUCUGGCCAUGGAGCCAGAGCAGAAACAGGGGAUUAUUCGCGACCUGGAUCUCUUCGUCCAGCGGAAGGACUACUUCCGAAGCGUGGGGAAAGCUUGGAAGAGAGGCUACCUUCUUUGGGGCCCACCUGGCACUGGUAAGUCCACUCUGGUCGCCGCGAUCGCCAACUACCUCAGGUUCCACAUCUAUGAUCUUCAGCUUCAGGGGAUUCGCAACGACUUCGAGCUUCGCAGGGUGCUCACCGCCACCACGAAUCGAUCCAUUCUUCUGAUUGAGGACGUGGAUUGCAAUUCCGAAUCCACCAAACCUCGUUCUAAAGAUGAAAAGAUGAUUGAUAAGAACCAUCCUGACUAUAAAAAGCGCAAAGCCAACGAAGGGGUGACGCUAUCUGGGUUGUUGAAUUUCAUCGAUGGGUUGUGGUCGAGCUGCGGAGAUGAGAGGAUUAUCAUCUUCACGACGAACCACAAGGAGAAGUUGGAUCCGGCGUUGCUCCGGCCAGGAAGAAUGGAUGUGCAUAUCUAUAUGGGUCAUUGCACGGUUGCAGGGUUCAAAUUUCUGGCUGCAAAGUAUCUGGGUAUUCAGGAUCACGCGCUUUUCCAGAAAAUCGAGUAUCUGAUUCAGAGGAUUCCGGCUACUCCGGCAGAAGUUGCACAGCAGCUCAUGAAAGCCGACGAUCCUGAAGUUGCUCUUGAUGAGCUGGUCGAGUUCAUGAUAGCAAAAGCGAUAGAGAACAAGAAGGGCGAGGGAGAUGGCUCAAAGAACAAGAGCUUCUGGAGCCUGCUAAAGAAUUUUAAGAACAAGAAUAAGACGACCUGA